GGGAGCGCAAUUGGAAUUUUUCACUUGAUAGAUAACUAAAAUUUGAAUUGCUUUAUUGCGUGUUGUCCUAAUUAUUGAACCAAAGCCAGUAAAUGUCAUUACAUACAGGCGGCUAUGUGUUCCGAAUAGUUUUAAUACUAUUGGUUAGUAUUGGCCAAAUAAUAUGUCAAGAAUUUAACUCAUCAUUCACUCCUGAUCAUAUUCAUUAUCUACAAUUAGAGACUAAGAAUCAAUUUUUACAUGCUUGGAAUUCAUAUAAAGAUUAUGGAUUCCCAGCUGAUGAAGUACGACCUAUUACUUGUGAACCAUAUGGACCAGAUUAUAAAAAUAUUGAUGAUACUGUUCGUAAUGAUGCCUUAGGGAAUGUAUCCCUGACACUUUUAGAUAAUAUUGAUUCAUUAGUAAUAUUUGAAUUAUGGGAUGAUCUUGAAUUUAUGUUGGAUUAUUUAAAUUCAAAUCGAGAUAUAUUUAAUCAAGAUACUAUAGUUCAAGUAUUUGAAUUAUCAAUUCGUUCAUUAGGUGGAUUACUUUCAGCUCAUUUAUUAUUAACAGAUGUAACUAAUAAACAACGAAUACCCGAAAAAUAUUUAAGAUUAAAGAAAAUAUCAGACAAUUAUGAUGGAUUUUUACUUGAUUUAGCUUAUGAUUUGGGUCUUAGAAUUAUUCCUGCUUAUAAAACUUCAUCUAGAAUACCAGUUCCAAGAAUUAAUCUUGCUAAAGGAGUUUUAAAUGUACCUGCUUAUUUACAACGUGAUGCGUGUACUUCAGGUGCUGCCACUCCAGUUCUUGAACUUACUUUAUUAUCAAGAUUAACUGGUGAUCCACAAUUUGAACAUUUAUCUCAAAUGACAUUUUGGAAAUUAUGGGCAUCUAAACUGAAAUUAAAUCUUUUACCUAUGACUAUUGAUCCAAUAGAUAAUCAAUGGAAAGAUGCUAUAUCUGGUAUAGGAGCAUCAAUUGAUUCAUUUUAUGAAUAUGCCGCUAAAGCUGCCAUUGUAUUUAAUGAUAAAUAUAUGUGGUCAGUAUUUAAAACAUCUUAUAAAGCAUUAUUAGCUCAUCUGGUUCAAGGUGGAGCUCCCAAUGAUGGAUCAAUGAUUUUUUCAAAUAUUGGAAUUCAUGAUGGAAUAAUAGUUAGUGAUUGGAUAGAUCUGUUAGGAGCCUUUUGGUCUGGCUUACAAGUAUUAACUGGUCAAUUAUCUGAUGCCAUAAAGACCCAUGUUGUAUAUCUUAAAUUAUGGGAUUAUUAUGAACUGAUUCCUGAAAGAUGGGUAUUUGCACAUUUUAAUAAUCGAGUUAAAGGAUCAAAUAAGUUAAAGAAUUCCAUUGCUUUAGAAUGGUAUCCACUUCGGCCUGAAUUUAUAGAAUCAACUUAUUAUUUAUAUAGAGCUACUCGAGAUCCAAUGUACUUACAAAUUGGUGAAAGAAUCCUUAAUCUUUUUAAGAAUAAAUUUAAACGUAAAUGUGGAUUUAGUGGUAUACAAGAUAUAAGAAAUGGACAAAUUCAAAAUAGAAUGGAAACUUUUGUUAUGGGAGAAACUUUAAAAUAUUUAUAUCUUUUAUUUGAUGUUAAUGAUGAAAUAUUUCUUCAUGAUGAUUAUUUAAUGGGAAGUAAAAAUUGGAUCUUUUCUACAGAAGCUCAUCCAUUAUGGUUCAAUAAAAAAAUGCAAGCUAAGACUUCAACUAAUUAUACUGAUCAAGAUAAUCAAGAUACUGUAAAACUCAAUAAAAAGCUUUAUCUGCCAGUAUUAUCAUUAAUUCAUAGUUAUGAUUCAAGAAGAGAAAACCUUUUCCAAGCAGAAGAUAGAGUAUAUUACAGAAAUAUUACUUUACCACCAGUUAAUAGAUACUCCUUACCAUCAGAUACAUUAUACAAGAAAGAUCCAUUAGUUGAUAGAUUUGAUACUUGUGAAUUAAAUCCAUUAACUAUUAAACCAACAGCAUUUCUACAAUCGGGAUAUUAUGAAUGGAAUAGAUUAUUUAUGGCCGAUCAUACAUUUGGAGGUACAUUAAUUCGACCACCAUAUUUAUCACAAAGUCAAUUAGAUAAUACAUAUAUAGAAUUGACUCGAACAUUUUUUGAUAAAUUCACAAUGUUUACGGGUAAGAAUGAAAGGGGGUUAUAUUUACAAUCUCCAAGAAUCUCUACUACUGAGAAAUAUGAACUCUUUAUGGGAGACAUUAAAGAAAUUAAUGAAGUUGAAAUUACCCAAUUAUACUUCAAACACAAUCAUAAUGUUUCGAGUACACCUGUUUUAGAAGGAGACUUUUGGAUACCUGAAAUUCGAGCUCUAAAAGUUCUAAUUGAAAAGUUGGUUGCUAAUAGAGUAGACUCUAAUGAUCGGGUGAUCACGCACAAGUAUAUUGAAUCAGUGAGAGUAGAUGACUACAACGAAGAAGGAGUUUGUUCUCCUGAUAAUCAACAAUAUCAACAAUAUCAAAAUCAAAAACCAAUAGGACAUACUGGUAGAGAUAUUGAUAUAGUACUACGAGUUCUUAAGGUUAAUGGAAUAGAUAUACCACCAGGAGCCAUAAUAUGGACAUUACCAUUUAUACCCCAUGCACCCGAACCUGGUAAAGAAUCAUUAAUAAGUAUAGCCAGUGACAAUCGAGUCAUACUACAGGGGAAUGUAAUUGAGAAUGUCAUGGUGUGGGGGGGAAGUGCGUAAAGACAAAGGACAAAAGACAAGACAAACAAAAGAUAAAAGACUUCCAGUACAAAACCCAUUUGGUAGUAAUAUACGCGCACGAACCACCGAGCACGAUUUU